AUGCUACAUGUAAAAGCCCUCCUGCUAUCGUCAGUCCUCUUGGCCCUUGCUGAGGCAUCAUUGGUCUUUCAAGCCUUUGAACCAUUUGUCCCUUGUGCUGACGGAAGCCCUGCUGGGAUUUUCUCUAACGUCCAUGAAGGCCACACCAACUCCCAACAGCUUGAUCAAACCAAGCACAUCAUUGUCUUUGAAGGGGGAGGAGCAUGUACAGAUCCUGAAGAUUGCCUGGAGGAGGCCAUCACAGAGCCCUACAAGUUCUCGAGUACACUGCUCCCUCGAACGAUAGAAGGCACUACUAUUCUCUCAGAGGACCCCCAAGAAGAGAACCCUUUCCAAAGCUAUGCAAAGUGGUUCGUCCCCUAUUGUACCCAAGAUUUGUUUCUUGGGGACUUGCAGAAGGGGGUGGUUGGAGAGUUCACUCAUGGUGGAUCAGACAUCUUCCGCAGUGCAAUAGCCCACUGGAAGAGCAGCGUGACUGGUCAACAUCAUGGUAGUGUAAGCCAACUGGUAGUACUUGGAAUCAGUGCGGGUUCCAUUGGGCUCAUGAAUCAUGUCGAAGAUGUCCAAGAAGCAGCGCAGUUAGUUGGUGUUGGCAAGUUGCAAUACAUUCUUGACGCCCCCUCAAUCAGUGAUCGAUGGCACGAAAAGAACUUCUCACGUACAAUGGAAACAUAUGUAAACUUGACAGAACAUCCCCUGUGUGAUGUGUCAAACAAGUACUCGCGCCAUUACAAGCCAACAAUCACCGACUUGCCUUGUUGCCUCUCAUCUCAUUGCAUGUUUCGACAUGAUGAGAACAUUCGAUCCAUCGGUUCGCCCAAGGAAAGCAAGGGAUCUGUGAUGACAGAAGAGAUACUACUGUUGGAUGCUGACUAUGACCCCUUAGCACUUGCUGCCUCAAGUGAAAAGUCUGACCAAAAGAGAUUUAUUGAUGUCAUGAGCAAUGUCUGGGAAGGAGCUGAGACAGCUGGUUCAAGAGGCACCCGUGCCCUCGAAACAUCUCUUUGGCUCCCUGACUCUCAAGAUGAAUCACUGGGACCAAAAGGUUCAUGGUACAUUUCAUCUUGUGUUGCUCAUGGAUUCUUUGUCCCAUCAGUACAGAUCCAGCACAGUCGAUGCUUACAUGGGGACUUCAGUGACAGGGACUUUGUAGUUCGGUGUCGCAGCGAUGGUGCAGGAGUCCAGUCUACUAUUGGACAAGUGGAUCUGCAAGUGACUCUUUGGCAGACAACUGAUACCUGGAACUUGGCAAAGGUGCAGGGAACCUCUAUUCGCACCAUUGUAUCUGACUUUGUGCUGGUUUCCCAGCACAAUGAGGGUCAACAUAGAACAGAGAGCAGUGACCAAGCCUUGCUCGUGUUUGCAGAUGAUUGCAAGGGUCCAAACUGUGCCUCCACUGUGGGACAUCCUAAUGAGUGCCAAACACUUUUUGAGCUUGAAGAAACGUUUAAACCAGUUCCCUUGGGCUUCAAGAUUGCCUGGUAUGUUUUUAUUGCACUGAUCAUUGCCACAGCAGCUGCACGACUGCCACUGCAAGCAAUGUGUACAACAAAUGCCUCAAAUGGGACCAAGGAGGUGGUGGGAACAAACCAAGAAGAGUCUCAAGCAGAGAUGGACGAGGGAAAAUCUGAGUGCAAUGCUGCCCAGGAAAUUUUUAUUGCUUGCACCAAUAUUUGCUCUGUGAAGAACCUGUCUGUAGUGACUGCAGAAAAGGGAUUCAAAGUUCUCCAGGACGUCCACCUACAGAUCAACUCAAGUUCUGUCAUUGGGUUACUUGGUAGAUCAGGAUCAGGAAAGUCCACGCUCCUGUCUGCUUUGAGUCGACAGAAACUUCGCAGUCUGCGGGUUUCAGGGGGGCAAAUUGAAAUGCAAUGCCCUGAUGGUGAUGUUGCCUUUCUUCGCCAAUCAGAUUCUGUCCAGAUGGAGAACAUGACGGCCUCGUCAUUCCUGGAAACCACUGCCUCAAUCUAUGGGGCAGACAACAAAAGGGUAGAUGACUGUGCAGAAAUGGUAAAGAAGCUCUAUUGCAGAGUGGAGCAAUCAGGCCUGAAUCCAUUUACUGAUACCAAGAUUAAGAACCUUAGUGGCGGCCAGAGGCGGAUUCUUGCCAUUGCCACCACUCUACUUUUGACACCGCAAUUGGUUCUUCUUGAUGAACCACUCAGUGGUCUGGAUGAUGCCUCUUCACUUCAGGUUAUGGAGUUUGUGCAGUUCCUUUCGAAUAAGUACAGUUGUGCUGUCAUCCUUUCUCUGCACAACCCAUCAGAGGAAGUUCUGCAAUACCUUGACAGAGUUGUUGUGAUGGACAAUGGUUAUGUCAGGAUGCAGAGAGACUGUACGGCUAACAGAGCCUUUGCAACAGACUUUCGUCGUGAGCUGGGCUCCAUGAUGGCUGGGUUUCUCGAAGAUUCCAGUGGAAGCAAUACUUCAAAAGACAAACUAAAAACUGUAAGCAUGACGGGGAAAGACUCAAUGGUUGAAAAUCCUGGGCCACGAUCAACCAUGGAUUUAAACACCACCAUUGAUUUUGACACCACUGAUGAGACAGAGCGAGAACAAGAGAUUUCAGUGUCUACAGCCUGGGAAGAAAACCCUGUUGCCUGCUUCUCUACAACACCAUUUGCAGCGUCAACCGAAGAGGAAGGAACAAACAAGAAGCCAAAGUCAAGUACCUGGACUAUGGAGAACAGUUGCUACGGAAGGUUCCUUAGCUUUUUCGGUAAGACAUCAUUCCUUUGCCGGCGUCUCCAUGCCAACUAUGGGUCAGAACCUGGGGAUCUACUGACGCUCCCAAUCAUUCUGAUGCUCUUUGCCAUGGUGUUGCGUUUUGAUGGAGGAUCACCGGUUCAAGAGGUCUUGGUAUCGACCUUCUAUAUUGGGAUUCCUGUUAACCUAUUUCGGCACAAGAUCCACCUCUCUUGCAAGAUGUGGUCAGCUCAUAGGGUGGAAAUGGAUGAUCAAAGAAUUUCUUUGCUUUCCUACCAGCUUGCCACCCAGACAUUUUCAUUUGCGGCACCACUCUUGUCUCUUAUUGUGGCCCAUAUUCUGGGCUAUGCUGUCCUUGGCUGGUCCUUUGAGUCACUUGCUGUGCAAAUUCUCUUCUCGGCAGUUCAUCUCUUGGUGGCUCUGCAGCUUGGCCGUACGAUCUGCGCAUACUUCCAUGGAGACUACCACAAGUUCACCCGGAUCUACUCUGUGUUAAUCUUUCUCUGCUUUCUUUUUGGUGGCCUGUUGGUUCCAUCCAGGCAGCUUCCACCAUGGCUCUCUUGGAUGUAUGUGUUUUCCUUCACAUUCUGGGCCAUUUCAGGAGGAGCACUCAACAUUCUUCAGUACCAUGGCUCAGAAGAGUACUGUGUUGAUGCUCUGUCCUGCAUUGCCACGGAUGGAUCAUUCAUUGCUCGGUACACAGGAUUUGCUCCUGUCUCAACAGAGCACCUGGCUUUGCUGGUAUUGACAAUAUGGUUUGUGGCUCUGGCUGUUGUGGAAUAUCUGCUCUUGUGCCAUCGCUGCAGUGCCUCUGCCAGUUCUGUGACCAGUGAAGGAACCAACACAAAGACAGUUUCUUCAAGGAUCAAGUCAAAUUUGAAGACAGAGACUACGGCUUCUUUGUCUCGACAAGAGGAAAUCACAUCAAAGCGGCCUGGACGGAAGGGAUCUGCUUCGAACAAUCGCCUGGACGGAAGGGAUCUGCUUCGAACAAUCACUCCGUGA